UAUAUCAAACAACAAAUUAAAAAAUAAACAAAUUAGUUAUUAGUAAUACAAAAAAAAUAAAAAAUCAUAAUCAUAACAAGUAAAACUUAUAAAAAUAAUAUAUUAAGAAAAAAAAUGGGCUGCAUUUAAACUAAAUCUAAAAGAUACUAAACCAACAAUGAUAAUAUCUAAGAAAAACAAUAACAAGACAUUGAUGUCAAAAACAAUACUAAAAAUGAGAAUAUUUCUCCAAGUGAAGUAACAAGGAAUACCACAUCAACAGCCGCAAAAUUUCAUGACAGAGCAAUCAUCCCUUCCUUGGAAAAUAAAUAAGUAAUCACACUAAAAGACCACUUUUUAAAAUAGAAUGUAUAAGUACCAGUAUUGUAACCAGUGGAAUAAAGCUCGUUGAUGGCUCAUAGAGUGAGUAUCCAAAAAUAGAGAACAAACUCUCUAUCUACUUAUGCAGAUAUAAAGAAAUAAAGUUGGUAAUAGUCUUGA